AUGAAAUCUCAAAGAAAAAAGAAUAUACAUUCAAGUGAUGGUAGCUACAAUAAAGAUGUGAUGGCACAGGCUACUGGAGAAAUAAAUAAAAUAUUUGACACGAUAGUUAAGAAAAAAACUGUCAUUAAAGUUAAUUCAGAAAUACAAAAGCAGAAAAGUAAAUUGAAUAAAAGGACGAAAAAAGAUAGUGUAAUCAGAAGCAACUCUAACAAAAAAUUAGAUUUGAGAAGUAGCAAUAUUAAGCCUGUGAGGUAUUUGGAUGAUGGGCUACCGGUUUACAGAUUAGAAGAUAUAAAUUUAGGUAAGUGUAACGAUAUAUAA